AUGGACAUCUCGAAGUUAUCGACGGCAUUACCACUCAGCCGACCGCAACUUUCAAAAGCGGUUGCCGCCAGCAUGUUGCGCUCGUGUAGUGCACACGGUGUGGCGGGAUGCAGGCCGGUGCUGGGCAGUUACAGCCUGCAUCUGCAACAAACACAAUCGUCAAUUCAGAGCCAGAAUCGGCGCCAAUUUUCAUCAACGGCGAAAUUUCCCCUCCAAGCUCGGAGACAAUUUUCGAGCACGGCAAGGACGAGUUUGAAGGCUUAUUUCCCCGAACCGGAGACCGAGAAGAUUAGAACAUCUCCGCCGGCAUGGCCUCAUCCCGGAUUUACAGUGGAGCAGAUGAGAGACAAUGUCGCCUAUGCGCACCGCCAACCCAGAGACUUCUCAGACCGUGUAGCGCUGACAAUGGUCCGCCUACUUCGCUUUUGUAUGGACACCGCCACAGGAUAUAAGCACAACGUGGAGCAGCCCAAGAAACCUGGCGAUGCGAAUGCCGUCGCGGAGACGAAGCCUUACGGCAUGGACGAGCGGAAGUGGUUGAUCCGUAUGGUCUUCUUGGAGUCUGUUGCAGGUGUGCCGGGCAUGGUGGCUGGUAUGCUGCGACAUUUGCAUUCCUUGAGACGGAUGAAGCGGGAUAAUGGAUGGAUCGAGACGCUGUUGGAAGAAUCCCAAAAUGAACGAAUGCACCUCCUCACAUUCCUCAAAAUGGCCGAACCAGGCUGGUUCAUGCGCGUCAUGAUCCUCGGCGCCCAAGGCGUCUUCUUCAACUCCAUGUUCCUCUCCUACCUCGUCUCCCCACGCACCUGCCACCGCUUCGUCGGCUACCUCGAAGAAGAAGCCGUCCUCACAUACACCUUGGCCAUCGAAGACGUCGAAGCCGGUAGACUCCCGAAAUGGACAGACCCGUCAUUCGUUGUCCCGGACCUCGCAGUCAAUUAUUGGAAGAUGCCCGAGUCGAACAGGACGAUGAGGGAUCUGCUACUCUAUAUCAGGGCCGAUGAGGCAAAGCAUCGGGAGGUUAAUCAUACGCUGGGAAAUUUGAACCAGAAGGAGGAUCCGAAUCCGUUCGUAUCUUCCUACAAGGACCCGAAUACGCCGCAUCCGAGCAAGGGAUUGGAGCACGUCCGGCCUACGGGCUGGGAGCGAAAGGAGGUUAUCUGA